AGUAAUUUUCAUCAGCAGUUCAGCACCGAACCGGCCACCAGAGCUAUCAAUCUGCUUCCGUAUUCUUCGCUUCGCCACGACAGCGUUUGCAAUGGCCAACCACGGAGCCGCUGCUCUCCUCCUGAUCGCGUCUCUCCUCGUAGCGGCGGCUGCCCUCGCGGACGCGAGGAUCACCGUGCAUGCGUCGGCGAAGGACGUGCCGGCGCUGACGUGCAACAAGGUGCACGAGAAGCAGGCGGACGAGACCUGCUUCUCCAUGGCGCAGAGCGCCGGCGUGACCCAGGAAGAGUUCCUUGGAUUCAACCCCAACAUCAACUGCGACAAGGCGUUCCCUGGCCAGUGGGUCUGCUUCGACGCUUCCGCUGCCUAAAUUAACCACACUUUGUGUGCCACAAUGGCAAAUGUGGCCAGCCUGAAGGAAAAGGACCCCGUGCAUCCUCGUUUGCUUGCUACUACGAAUAAUAAGGAAGUGCAUGCUCUUCUGUUUAAUUAGCCGAAGUUGCCGACCUUGGCUUUGCCAUUAUACAUGUACUCCUAUUUUAUUUUCGGUUGCCAAAUUAACCUUUUUACUAUAGACUGUCUUCGUGGUUCA